UCUUCUUCUGGAUACUAUUUCUUUUUUUUCUCUCUUUUUUUUUUCUUUUCUUUUUUUGCCAUCUGGGGCCUUAUUUAGUCCAGCUUUGCUUUUUUUAUUUGCUUCUUCGAUUCGUCGGAUCUGGCCAUCCUUCCGUUUUCUUGUAAUUCUUCAGACGAGUCUGGCCUCGACGGCCACAGCGAUCGUUACCGUUCUAAUCCCUUCACUAUGUCUUCUAUCAGAUCUUUCGCCCUUCUUCUGGGUGCCUCACUUUGCAGGGCGCAACUUGCUGCUCCUAGUGCAGAUGUGAGUGCAGGCCCAGUGGUCGGCCUGCCCUCGGUUGUCCCUGAAAUUCCAGCCCUGCCAGAACUGCCCAUUCUGCCACCACUCGACAAUACUAAUGACGAGAUUCUGCCUGUCGUCCCCGAGGACGGAAGUCCCAGCCCAGAGGUUCCAGAGAUUGGAGAGCCACCUCUUGUCAACCUACCUAUUCUCGAGCCUCCUGUUGUUGAGAUACCGCCGCUAGAAGAGGAUGGGAGAGAGGAUGUUCCUGUCGAGUUUCCCAUUGACCAGCCUGUCGUGGAAGAACCGGCCGUGACUGAGCCUGAAAUAGACGGAGGUGAAGUUGGGGUGAUAAUCCCUGGCCAAGAUGGAAUCCCCGAGGGCGCUCGCCAGGGCGAACAAGGUGCGGAGCUCAGGCCGCUCCCUGGAUUCCAGCCCCCCGCCGGCGAGCUAUUACCGCUACCCAUCGAACUCCCCAUCAUCGAGGAAGGGGGCGAGGGCGGAGAUGAAGAUGCAAUUCCUCCCCUUGAUCCUCUGCCUUCGGAUGCUCCGGAGCUUCUCGAUCCUCUCCCCUCGGACAUUCCUGAGCUCCUCGACCCCUUACCUUCGGAUGCUCCUGAGCUUCUCGACCCCCUACCUUCGGAUGCUCCUGAGUUUCUCGAUCCUCUGCCUUCGGAUGGCCUCGAGCUCCUCGACCCUGGACAGCCGAUUGAGUCAACUAUCUCCGCCGACCUCGCUAUUCCUACUGACACGAUUAGCCUCCCUAGUGGGCUCCCUGUAAGCCUUUCGUGAACUUAUUUCCACUAUCAACCAGAGAAUAAGACCACUGACAAGACCUAGGAGUUGGCAGAACCUAGCACGGGACAGCCCGUUGAGUCCGACGAGCCGGCUGUUCUCUUGCCCACCAUCCCAUCCAACGGAACGUUCCCUGGAUUACCGUCUAUUGUGCCGUCUAGUAUCCCACCAGUCAUCCCGAGCGCUCUGCCUUCCGACAUCUCUGAUAUCAUCAUAUCCGACGUCCUCAGCGACAUCCCG